AUGGCAGCUCCAGCAUCUGCCUACAAAGAUAGGCAAUUUCUUGCCGUCAUUGGUGAUGAAGACUCUGUAACUGGACUGUUGUUGGCAGGCAUUGGUCAUGUCACUUCACCGCCAGACUCGCAGAAGAACUUCCUCGUUGUCGAUAACAAGACAGAUAAUGCCGCCAUCGAGGAAGCCUUUGAAAGAUUCACAACCGAGAGGAAGGAUAUUGGUAUUUUGUUGAUCAACCAACAUAUUGCGGAACGUAUACGCCAUCGAGUAGAUACAUACACAGCCGCAUUCCCUGCAUUGUUGGAGAUACCUAGUAAAGAUCACCCAUACGAUCCGGAGAAGGAUAGUGUUCUAAGAAGAGUUCGAAGACUCUUUGGAGAGUGA